AGCUGGGCUAGCAACGAGUGGCUAACAGCCAACAUAAAACGACACCGCGGUGGGAUAGCAGGUUAGCUUCACCGCGCGUUAACCAUGGUCAAUGUAAAGAAGCGGAAAGGUCGGGUCGUGAUCGACUCAGACUCCGAGGACAGUGCCAGCGACGAUAAUUUAGAUCAGGAGUUACUGUCCUUGGCAAAGAGGAAGCGUGUUGACUCCGGCGAGCAGGAAGAGCCGGUGAGCAAACCUGCGGCGUCAACAGACUCGGAGACGUCGGACAGCGAUGAUGAGUGGACCGUGGGAGGCGCCAAAGGCAAAAAGAAAGUGAAGCCAGGUCGGGGUCCAGAGAAGAAGAGCGCCACCAAGAAGAAGGUGCAUAAAUCUACAGCUUCUGGAAGCUCAGAUGGAGACAGCUCAGGCGAGAGCUCGGCACCAGAGGAAGGUGAGGUGUCCGACUCGGACAGCAACAGCUCCUCCUCCAGCUCGGACUCCUCGGAGGACGACGUCUUCCGAGACGGUUAUGACGACGACCUGAUGGGCGACGCCGAGGACCGAGCUCGGCUAGAGCAGAUGACUGAGAAGGAGCGAGAGCAGGAGCUGUUCAACAGGAUUGAGAAGCGAGAGGUGCUCAAGAGACGAUUUGAAAUCAAGAAGAAACUGAAGACUGCAAAGAAGAAGGAGAAAGAGGAGAAGAAGAAGAAGCAAGAGGAAGAGCAAGAAAAACGGAAGCAAUCUCAGGUUCAAGACACGCAAGUGGUGAUGUCCCACAACAAGGAGAGGCGCUCCAAGCGGGACGAAAAACUGGACAAAAAGUCCCAGGCUAUGGAAGAACUGAAAGCGGAGCGUGAGAAGAAGAAGAAUAAAACAGCAGAACUUCUGGCCAAACGAGAGCCCCUGAAGACCAGCGAGGUGUACUCCGACGAUGAAGAGGAGGAGGAGGAAGAUGACGACAAGUCGUCGGUGAAGAGCGACAGGAGUUCGCGUUCUUCAUCGUUUGACGACGACGACGAAAAAGAGGAAACGCCGCCAAAGUCUCAGCCCGUUUCUCUGCCGGAUGAGCUGAACCGGAUUCGCCUUUCCCGACACAAGCUGGAACGCUGGUGCCACAUGCCCUUCUUUGCCAAGACCGUAACGGGCUGCUUUGUGAGGAUCGGCAUCGGGAACAGCAGCAGCAAGCCGGUUUACAGGGUUGCCGAAAUCGUGGACGUGGUGGAGACGGCCAAGGUUUACCAACUGGGAUCGACACGGACAAACAAAGGAUUACAAUUACGGCAUGGCGGCGACACGCGUGUUUUCAGGUUGGAGUUUGUAUCAAACCAGGAGUUCACAGAAAACGAGUUCAUGAAGUGGAAGGAGGCGAUGAUUGUCGCGGGGAUGCAAGUGCCGACGCUGGAUGAGAUCACCAAGAAGGAGCAGUCCAUCAAAGAAGCCAUGAACUACAAGUUCAACGACAAAGACAUCGAGGACAUCGUCAAAGAGAAAGACCGAUUCCGAAAAGCACCGCCGAACUAUGCCAUGAAGAAAACGCAAUUACUUAAGGAUAAGGCCAUGGCGGAGGAGAGCGGCGACGGUGACAAAGUCAAAGUCAUCCAGGAUGAGCUGAACGAGCUCGAGGAGCGAGCUGAAGCCCUGGACAGACAGAGGACCAAGAACAUCUCCGCCAUCAGCUACAUCAAUCAGAGGAACAGAAGCUGGAACAUCGUGGAAUCGGAAAAGGCUUUAGUGGCUGAAGGACAAAACUCCAAAAACCAACAAAUGGAUCCUUUCACCCGAAGGCAAUGCAAACCCACUAUGGUGUCUAACGCCAGAGACCCGUCGGUGCACGCAGCCAUUCUCGCUCACCUCAACCAGAAGUACGGGUCCGGCUCCACGCCGGAUACCGCCACACCGGAGAAGAGCAAAGAGGGACCCACCGACACCAAGGACAAGGACGUACCCAAACCAACCACUGACCUCUCUGAAGACCUGUUUAAAGUUCACGAUUUUGAUGUAAAGAUAGACCUCCAAGUUCCUAAUGCAGAAGCCAAGUCUCUGUCGGUCAGCUCCAACGCGCUGCCGGUGAAAGACGGCGCCCCCCGCAGGUCACUCAACCUGGAGGACUACAAGAAGAGGAGGGGUCUCAUCUGAGACCAACCACCAACACCACAACCACCACCACCUUGAAUACCACACUGCAUGAGGAACAGGCCGUGUGGGUGGGGGGGGGUACGACGACAGACUUUUUAAUCAGAAGCGAGGACAUACUGAUCAAGCAUAUUUCUGAAAGGAAACAUGAAAUAUCGUUUUAUUCUUCGUAUCUAUCCCCUUGCAGUCCACUUUUGUGUUGUUGAAAGGUGGAUUAUGGCCGUGAACAAGGACACUACAGUAUACACCACAUUGUUGAUGUGUGUAAUCUCUGAGCCAUGUCCUCCAUAUUUGACAAACCUUCUGUUUCUGUACGCUUCAACGUCAUCUGGCUUAUCCACCGGCAGAUUCCUGAAGAAAUGGUAGAUUUUUUCUAUGAAUGGAUGUUGCUUCAUUCCUAUUGUCUAUCUCUGGUCAAGGUUGCUUCAAAGGAGAGAGAGCGAGCAGCUUUCAUUUGUUCUUGUCAAUAGUCAGUUCCUGUAUUGGUGUGGCAUGCCGUGUAAAUAUGCAUUUUGGAGUGAAAAUAAAGAGGCACUGUUUCAUA